CCCAACUCGGUAGAGCCCUGUGCAGGGGAGGAGAAGGCCCUCCGCACCCCAACACAGACUGGGGGCAAGAUGAAGAAGAACCAGUCUGUGCAAGGGACCUUCAGCAAACUCUUCGGGAAGAAGCAUUCAACUCCCACCACCACCUCUUUGUACGCCACCAACCCGCCCUGGAUCUUCACCCAAGAGGUCCCCGUACAGGGGACCAGGGACUUUGAUGGAAUUUAUUAUGGAGACAAUCAGUUUAAUACAGUGAGUGAGUCAGGAACUGCCACCCUCAAGCCUCGGCCAAGAGUCCGCCCCUUGUUAACCUUCUUACCCCUGAAUGCACAGGAAAACCAUGGACUGGCUGUACCAACCCCAUCUGUCCCAGAGGAUUUUGUGGACAAAGAAGUGACAGACAAAGGCAGCAGCCUGCAAGUCAAUGGUAACCUCCGGCUGUACAGCUCCGUGGGUGACCUGAGGUCUAGGCACUAUGGCGAAGAGCCCAUCAUCCCUCCACCCCCCGUGGGCCCAGCCCCAGGACCACCCCCUGAAGUCUCAGUGUUCAAGGGGGAGUCUCCACCUCCUCCCCCACCUUCUAUGGCACCCCCACCUCCUCCCCUAGUGCUAGAACCCCAACCACCACCACCACCCAACAUGGCCCCACCUCCACCACCUGGGGCUCUGUCUCCGACAUCUACCCUCUCCUCCCCACCAACCCCAACCCCUCCUGACUUUAUCCCUCCAGCCCCACCUCUAGCCUUCUUGGCACCCCCACCCCCUUCUAUGCCAGCACCAGGCCCCCCAGUCCCAGAGUCUCCUCGUACACCAACUGGGCCUCGGUUCUUCACCUCUGGUGCUGUCUCCAAAUGGAAAUCAGAGACAGUGCUAAAUGGGGGGCAGUCUGAGGCAUACAAGGGCAGCCCCCCCAGAAGCCCUGCUGCCCCUCCUACUGAGUCCAAGCCUGAACCUCACCUUACCUUCCCCCGUGCCUUCAAGGUACCCCCACCAACCCCUGUCAGGACCUCAUCCAUCCCAGUUCAAGAAUCUCCUGGGGAUCCCCAAGAGGAGGGGGAGACCCCUAAGAAGACUUCAAACCGGCUCCCCUUACCACCCAGCUUCCAUAUCCGCCCUGCAUCCCAAGCAUAUCCUGAUGGGGCUCAGGAGCCAGAUAGCCCCAGGAAGCUUAGAGACACUGUGCCAGCCAGUCCUCAGCCUAACCAAACCAGCCCCAGAAUAAACAUCAGAACAGCAAUACCACCUUCAGCCUCUCCACUGCCACCCCCAACACCCCCUCUUCCUCCAGAGGCACCUCCUCUCCCUCCAGCAGCUCCCCCUCUGCCUGUGAUUGAAAAGGUCCCAGUACCACUGGCAGGGCUUAGGAAAGUCCCCAAACCAAGUUCUCCCACCCCCAAGUCCCAAACUCCCACCCCAGUGGCUGAGGCCUCCUCAGACCCUGUGGACUGGCGGGAUCCCAAGCAAAUGGACAAACUGAGAAGCGAGCUGGCUGCCUACCUCUGUGGCUCGAGGAGAGAAGAACGCUCCCCCUGCAAUGGGACUAGUCCCGCACCCCCCUCCAAAGUUAGUGAGAACAGAGACAAGAGCCCCAUUUUACCCAAGAAACAGACUCCCCCAAACCUGACUCUCCCACCUGUGGACUAUGCCCCAGCAGAUCCCCCUACUCCAAGCGUCCAGCGUAUCAAGAGUGAGCUGGAAGCCUUGAUGUCCCCCUCCCUGGAGAAGGAAACUAAGCCAGCCACAGGCCUCCCGUCUCCUAAACCCCCGCUGGAAGUCAAAAAGGUAAUAGAGAACGGAGCUGGGGAUGCCAAACUUCCCAAGCCAGCGGCCAAGAAGCUCCCCCUUCUGCCCACCCCACCCAGACCGGAGGCAGAAAAGGAUGCAGGCGCCCCCGCCACCAGGACUGUUGAACCAGGGGAGAAAGCCCCCGAGCCUCCACCAUCAGCCAUACCUUCUCCCCUCCGGCCCAAGGGUUCCCCUGUGGUGCCUCAGAAACCUGGUAGGACGGGGCCGCCUCCUUCACCAACCCCUGCACCAAAGACUCCCCUGGCCCCAGAGGAGGCACCGGCUCUCUACAAAGCCCACCAGGGCCAAGACCGGGCACAGUCUGACCAGGAGGUGGCUACAGCACCGCCAUCCAGCCUUGCCAAGAAGGAGCCUGGAGAGAUCCGAGAAGACAACAGCCCAUCGGUCAAGAGCCCUGGAGAAGCUCAGGCAGAUGGGGAGGUCCUCAGACACCCCGUGACAGGGGAGAUCGUGGAAAAGGGAUCUCCAAUGGCUUUACUCCUCGCUGCCAAACAGAGAGCCCAGAAAGGGCGGGCUAGGGGCAGCGCCCUGGGCCGGUCCUCAUUGCCGGGGAGUCUCCGUGGCAACAGAAACCCAUCAGAGACUGUCUCUGAGAGCAUCAUCUACAGUGAGGUCCGGCCCAACUCCUUCACAGUUGUGCCCAAGCCCGCGAGAGAAGUAGAACAGGCUCUCCAGAUGUCCACCCCGACUCAGCAUGACAAACCCAGCAAGUGGGGCUCCCCAGCCCCAAGGGGACCAGGGACUUCAGAGUUCCAGCCCUGGAAGAGAGGGUCCAAGGAAGAAUCUCAGCCCUCCGUGGGCCAGGAGAGAUCAGCCUCUUCCCACAGCCCCCGAAGAUACCCGUUCCCCAAGUCCUUCUCUUCACCAUCUUCCCCUUCGCACAAGGGAAGCGACAAAGAGGAGGAAGAAUUUAACUUUGAGGUCAUCCCACCGCCCCCCGAAUUCAGCAACGAUGCUGACUUUUCUAACCCACCUCCCGCCCCAGCCCCGGUCCCACCCCCAGCCUACCUGGGCCACAGGGGUUCUCCUCUCCGAAACAGCUUCUCAGACUACGGCCAGACCCUGGACCUGGGCUUUCCGGGCUACGAGCGGCCGUCACCUUCGGGAUCCCCAGGAAACAGCUACUCCCGCUACUACUCUGGUGUCCACUACGGCAGCGGUGGGGGCUUCGAACGCUUCUCAAGCGGAGGCCGCUCCCUCAUUAAGAAACGCCUCUACCUCAAUGAGCAGCGGAGGAGCCCUGGACCUCCACGCUGUGGCCCAGGAGGUGGCCCUGCCCGAAGUCUGAGCACCCCCAAUGCCUUUGGGCCCCAGCCUGGUGGAACCUAUGGGUCUGGGCAUGGAGGGGCAGAGAUGCGACGGGUUAAUUCUUCAGGUCGGGCCCCGCCUGGGGGCCUGCAUACCCGAAGACUCUCGCUGGAAGGGACUGGAAGGAACGGACCCUAUGCAGGAGGGGGUGUCACUGGCAGUGGUGGACCCGGGGAGAACAUGUACAAAGUAUCUAAUACGGACUACAGCUUCACCCCAGCAACCAGUCGAUCACCUUUCAGCAGUGCUCAGUAUAGCAGUCCUGCCAACACCUUCACAGUUCGGCCUGGAACCCGACAACCCAUCUCCUACGUCUACUCUGGAGCACAUCGAAAAACUCCAUCCUGAGCUCUUUGCCUGCCUUGGUGGACUGGAACUUAGCUAAGAGGCAGAUGGACAAUGAAAAGCAGUCUUCUGGAAAGGAUGAAGGGUUCCUAUUUGGAUUUUAUUUGACUGAACACUGUCAUUGACACCUGGAUUGACUUAGAUGUUGAAGGUGGGGGAGGAAAGGGGAAGACACUUGGCUAGGUUCCCUGAGUAGCCAAAGUCCAAGUUUCUGGCAGAUUAGAACCCAUCCCUCCCCCUCCCAAGCAAAUGCAAAAAAAAAAAAAAUUUAAGAAGUUUUAAAAAGUUCAAACCAUAAAUAACCUGUGAACAAAUUAGAAGCAGAGACACUGUCCCCUAUCCCAGGUCCCAGUCCUGAAGUCUUCCAAGGGCUACAAAUCUUCAAAAAUUCCUAUGGGAUUUUUAAUGGGGUGCCAUAGAUAGUUGGAAUUUACUGCCUGUCUGGCCCUCAGAUUUUGCUCUAGAUACUUGGCUACUUUCUGGGAAAGGGUUUGGCUAUGUCCCAGGGAGACUGAGGCUCUUUGACUACAGCCAACCCCAAAGUUUUCACUCAGAAAUGUAAAGACUCUUAUAACCCCUCCCAGAGCCACUCCACUCACAUGAGGUCCCAAGAGAUCAGAGUGCCUUGGACUUCUGUUUGCUGUGGGCAGGGGAAAGAAAGGGAAACACCGAAUUUUUCCCAGUUUCCUUUGGCCAGGACUAGGGGAAGAUGAGUCCAUAUGUUGAGGGGGGUUGGUGAAUGGGUCUUGCUUUACAAUUCAAGUCUAGGUCUUCUUAGCCAUGAUUUUGGGAGCAGAGCACAAAGGAGCCAGAAGACUUGGGUUCUAGGGCUUGAGCUUGGAGUCAUUAGCUUAACCAGGCUUUCUAGUGGGCUUAGGAGGAGGAAUCCUCGCAGGUCUUGCCCUAUUCCCCCAACACCCCUCCUCUUCCCCCCAAAUCAUAAAAAUCACUGGAACUUUAAUACUUAUAGCUGAGGGAUUGAGAAUAAGGAGAGGGAGUAUUAAUGGAUGAUUUGUAAAGGACAAGUUUAAUGGUUAACCGAGAAGUGAGAAGAGGGAGAGCGAGAGAUGAAGAUAAGGAUUGUGUUCAUCCUAUCUGCUCAAGGCAGGGCCAUGGCUUAGAAAACAAGGUCCUUCCUUUGGCCCCAGCUCAGGGAAGAGACAUUCCUGAAUGGUCCGGGGCCAGGGGAGCUGCCCAUCUCUGUCCCCGAGGGGUCAGAGUGCUCCCGGAGGUGACGAGAAUUCUGAAUGAUGUCCGUGUGUGGACAGUUAGUCAUGCCCCGUUGGAAGUACACAGAAGAAGAUUUAAGAAAAUAAGGCAGACUCUGAGGGGGUGAUGGAGAAUGGAGGGUCCAGCCUGCUCAAGAGAACUUAAAAUAUCCCUUCAUACCCUUUUGCUGAGUCCAGGGGACCUCUUUAUAAGAAAUGUACUUGACCUUAUGUCCAAACCUAGCCCUGACUCUCUUUCUCUCUAUAUAUAUGUAAAAUGUGUGUGUAUUUUCUCUGCACAGUGUUUUGUAAGCAUCUAUUAAUUUAUAUUCUGGAUUAAGGCACACAGUAGGCACAGGAGGGGAUGGGUGUGGGCUAACUGCUGUACAUUAUUUAGGGAGGGCGUUGAGUGGGUUUCUCUUGGCUGUGGAAAUAAACAGGCCUAGUCUGAAA